AUGAGGCGCAACUCGUUCGACAGGGCCAUAGACCUCAACGUCCCUAUAUCAGAAGAGAAGGACGUUGAGGUCGUCUUCACACACAACAUCGGCUUCAACGAGCUGGACUCUGAGAAGGGCUUUCAGACAUCGGAUCUGGUGUCAUCAAACCCCGACAACACCGACCAUGAUUCCAGUAGCGUGAGCAGUGGUCCUGAAAAGCCCGCCAUGUCCAAAGCCCGCAGUAUUGCUCUCGUCACAACAGUCAGCGGCGCAAGCUUCAUGAAUACACUCUCCGUCCAAGCCGUAGUCAUCAUCCUCCCUACCAUUGGUCGUGAUAUCGGCAUCCCAGAAACACGUCUUCAAUGGAUCGUAUCGGCCUACUCCCUCGCCUUCGGCUGCUUUCUUCUGCUCUGGGGCCGCAUAGCCGAUAUCUACGACAAGCGCAUAAUCUUCAUCGCCGGCACCGCUUGGCUAGCCAUCAUGACCCUUGCCAACCCCUUCGUUCCCAACGAGAUUGCCUUCAACGUGUUCCGCGGACUGCAAGGUCUGGGCGCCGCUGCAAACGUCCCAACGGCCAUUGGCAUCUUGGGCACAACAUUCCCGCCUGGAAAGACAAAGACGUAUGCGUUUGUUGCCUACGGAGCAGGUGUCCCUCUGGGAAGCGUCUUCGGUACUCUCCUCUCGGGCUUCAUCGCCCAGUAUGCCAACUGGAAGUGUGUGUUUGGUGUCAUGGCCUUCCUUGCCGCCCUUGUUGCCAUUGCCGGCUUCUUCUUCAUCCCGCCAGCAGUGCCAACACCCGGGGAGAAGAGCGCCAGCGCCAAGAAGUCUGUCGACUGGAUCGGAGGAGGUCUCAUUACCAUAGGCCUCCUCUCACUGAUGCUUGCACUCACGGAAGGCAACGUGGUCGGCUGGACGACCCCGUGGAUCACCAUUCUCAUUGUGGUCUCCUUCAUCAUCAUUUCACUUUUCUGGUUUUGGCAACGCUAUCUCGAAUUCCAGACUGACCGCCUUCCGCUCAUGAAGACUUCCAUCUUCCAUAGCGGCAAGUUCUGCGCCGCCCUCGCAAUCAUGGGUCUUUUCUUUGCCUCUUUCAACAAUUUCCUCAUCUUUGCAACCUACUUCUACCAGGACUACCAAGCCAAAUCCAUCCUCACAACAACACUGUAUUUCCUUCCCACCGGCAUUGGUGGCAUCUUAGUCGCCUGGGCAGCUGCGUUGUUGAUCUCCCGCGUGCCGACAUACAUCCUCCUCGUCUGCGGCCAUGUCUCAGUCUCCAUUGCAUGUCUGCUUUUUGCGACGCCGAUCCCCACAGACACAUCUUACUUUGCCUACGGUCUGCCCGCCAUGGUCCUAUCGGUUAUCGGUGCGGACAUGGCGUGGCCCACCCUGAUAUUGUUUGUCUCCAAGGCCCUACCCCAGGAAGACCAAGCCCUUGGCGGCGCCCUCGUCAACUCUGUGGGCCAAGUCGGUCGAUCUAUCGGACUGGCCAUCUCCACGGCUGUCCAAACGGCCAUCAUGGCUAAAGCCAGGGGUGUGUCGGUCGAGAAAGCAGGCCCGGUGGAGGGGUGGGAUCAGCCCUCAUUGGACGGUCUCCGGGCAGCCAACUGGAUGAACUUCGCCCUCGGCAUCACUUCCCUUAUCAUUGUUGUAUUAUUCUUCCGCAGCUCAGAGAUUGUAGGAAGGGAGGAUUCUGCGCCGAAUAAGGAUUCGGCUGAUGAUGGCGCUGUCACAACCACUAUCGAGCUAGAUCUCGAGAAGAACGAGAAGUGCGAGAAGUGCUAG